UUGGCUCCCUUCCGCUACGUCAUGACGUCUUGUAGUUGGUGAGGAGGCGGAAGACGUGCGUGUAACCAAGGGGGCGCAACAGAGCAGCAACUACCGAGAAAGCCCACGAAGGAUGCCCGUCUACGAGUAUGCGGUGACUGAGACUGAGGGCCAAAGGCGCAGUGGAUCCGGUGGCAGCAGCGGGGGUCUAGCUUAGAUGCAGCAUGAAGAGCCCGGUGCACAGAUGCAGGGAUGUGGAGCACGGGCGCGGGCAAGGCAGGGCCGGGGCUCGGGCCAACUGCCAACAGGCCGAGCAGCGCAUCCCUAUCUCCAAAGACGUGAUCACUUCCUCCGCGGCCUCCGCCAUGUGGUUCAUCAGGGACGCCUGUGGCAUUGUGUGCGCCAUCAUCACCUGGCUGCUGGUGUUGUAUGCAGACUUUGUGGUGCUGUUUGUAAUGCUGGUUCCCUCAAAGAAUCUGACCUACAGCAUUGUGAAUGGGACUCUCUUUAAUAUUCUGGCCUUCCUUGCCCUUGCCUCACACCUCAGGGCCAUGUGCACUGAUCCGGGGGCAGUACCAAAAGGGAAUGCCACCAAGGAAUACAUAGAAAGCCUUCAACUGAAACCAGGGCAGGUGGUCUACAAAUGUCCCAAGUGCUGCAGCAUCAAGCCUGACCGAGCACACCACUGCAGUGUUUGCAAACGCUGCAUACGCAAGAUGGACCACCACUGCCCGUGGGUAAAUAACUGUGUUGGGGAGAACAACCAAAAGUACUUUGUGCUUUUCACAAUGUACAUUGCACUCGUCUCUCUUCACUCUCUGGUCAUGGUGGUCUUCCAUUUCCUCUACUGCUUUGAAGAUGAUUGGACAAAGUGCAGUUCCUUCUCUCCUCCAGCAACAGUCAUCCUCCUCAUACUCCUGUGCUUUGAGGGUCUCCUCUUCCUCAUCUUCACCUCUGUGAUGUUCGGCACCCAAGUCCACUCCAUCUGUACCGACGAGACCGGCAUAGAGCAGUUGAAAAAGGAAGAGAGAAGAUGGGCUAAAAAAACUAAGUGGAUGAACAUGAGGGCUGUAUUCGGACACCCUUUCUCCUUUUUGUGGUUUAGUCCGUUCUCCACACCUGACCAUGGGAAGGCUGAGACCUACCAGUAUGUGGUGUGAGAGCUUGAGGCGGCCGGGUCAGAACCACGUUGGGGAACGCCGUCCAGCCCCGUAGCGCUCAGCUGGGGCCGUCCGUUGCUCCCGAUGCUGAAAACGAUUUACAUUGUAUCCCCCCCCCCACACAUUAGCCAUGGACCGCUUCCCAUCUGCCCUUUGUUUUGCCAUCCAAAUGCGCUGUGCGUUUCCUUUUGUGUUGCCCUGUGCGUUGAGUUGCAGAGAAAAAGAAAGCACUUUCAUUUUGCGAAUCCUGUUUGAAUUUGUUUUGUUUUGUUGUUGAAUCAGAAGCCUUUUCUUGAACUAUGUUUACUCCUGAAACUUGUAACCCUGGACGACUAGAACACCAUCUGCAUGGCUACAUAGCACUAGUGGUAAGUGCAAGUUUGGAUGAGUUGACCCUUUUAAAGCAUCUUGUCAGAUGGUAAGGAGUGGCUGAUAGUAUGCCAGCAUAGAUGCCGUUCCACACAACGCGAUUGGUUGAUGCCUUAAUCCUUGUAGUGAAAGACAAAUUGUCCCACCAGUGAUCAUUUUUUUGCUGCAUAAUAUUUUAAGAUUAUUUAUUUUUUAAUGAUGUUUUAAAGGGGAGGUUAACCACGGGGGGGUGGGUAACAGCCUUUCUGACCCUUAUACAACACAUGUAAGAAGAGUCUAAGCAUCAGCGUUGUUGAUUGGUAAAAUAUCUCUCUCUAUAUAUAGUAUAUAGUUGUGGCUUUUUCCUUCUUUUUUUUUACCCAUCGAAACCUCAACUCUGGGCUUCUACCAAAUGGAUUAAUUUGAAUGCCACAUCUCUUUGUACAGUACCAAUGUAUUCAUUGUAAAUACUGAGAUCCCUCUUUCACUCAGAAAGCAUUUUUAAAUGUUAUUGAUGGGUAAAUGGGUGCACUCGCUUUUAGAAGUCUCUUGAAAUAAGCCAAACAGCAUGAAAAAGUAUAACAAUGACCCUCAAAGUGUCCACCACUCACUUGAGGGUGACCGGUCAAGUACACGCGUGUCACAUGAUCACAGUGUCCCUUUGAAGUCUUGUGUUUGGGCCUCUCGACGGGGUGAAAUGUCCCUCUCAAGAGAACUGGUUUCGGCAUGUAGGCUAAAGUUUUAGAAAUUGUAUUGUUGUCUCUUUAGGACACAUAUGUCACUAAAUACCUUUCUCGCAAAUAAGAAGCAUUUGUUUCUUAGAAAACACUAGAACACUUGUCUGCCUUUAGUGGUAGUGACGUGAAGUCAUGUGACAGGAGUGUAGUUUAUUUGUAGCUUAAUGUGUUUUUUUCUUUUUUUUUUACUCUACCAAUAGCAAAGCUUCCAAAUAAUGGAAGAAUAAUUUCUUGCUGAACAAAACAUUUCAUCAUAAACUUCAGAGUUUAUUUUCUACAAUAAUGCGAUGGAUCCUGUUGGCUUUCUGAAGAGGGAACUAGUGUGAGGCCAACUCUGACACAAAUACCUCCUUCCUGCACCGUUCCAUUCCAGCCUCCUUCCUUUACUUUCAUCAAACACCUUUACAUAAGUACUACAAUGGCUGAUUCACACUCAUUUAAGAUUUUCUCCUGUGUGAACUGUGAUCUGAAGUAUGCAUUGUAUGCUCCUAUUCUUUGUCUACAUGAUAUGUUGUGUAUCCUUGGUUAUCCGAAUGCAUGGUGCAGGUGGAGCUUAGUCCACUGAUGUGAAACACUGCUGGUGUGAUGACGGCGAGUCAUCGCUGUGAGAGUGAUUUUUUUUUUUUUACUGAAAAUUUUGUUUCUUUUUAAAUAUUCAGAAAAUAUGUCAGCAAAUGCACGGGAAAUAAAAAUACUUCUCAGUUGCAAUGCAAAGACAGUGUUUACGUAUGUUUUGUUUCCCUUUGGUUGUUGAGGGCCCUGCUCCACCCAAAUGUGUCUCCACCUCUCACCUAGUGUGCCCGUGAGGUUACAGAAGAGGUUUCUGAUUUCCCUGCAUACAAUCCUCUCCCAUCCCCUCUGCCCUUGUCCUUCAUUCAGUUCUAUAUUAACUCUCUGCAAACGGCCUCCUCCCAUGCAACGUUCUCUCUGCGCUCCUGCAUUUGCUCUGGUUAAUAACUCAUUCUGCUGAAAGCUCUCUGAAGCAGACAACUCUUUGUAACCGAGGUAAGCUCGUAACCGAGGUCACGUUAGCCGCCCCGUCUCGCUAACCAGUCACAAGCAUGCGGCUUCCAAUUGGAAGGCCAUAGUACGCUUCAUUUCUUUUUGCUGUUUCAGCCAUUCUUUAUAUGAAUGUAACCGGAUGCAUGCGCCACCGUGACCUUUUUGACUUGUUUUCUCGUUCCUCAGGUUUUUUGUUUAUUUUUGCAUGCAAGUCAUUUUGUGUUCUAUUCUGGGCACGUUUCUUGAACAAGUGAGUCGCAACUGAUAUAUAAACGUAUUCAAAGGAUAGACUUACAGUACGCAUUUGUUGUAUGUACAUUGAAAGAGGAACCACAUCGGCGCAAAGUUUAGCCGCGGCUAAUAUUUGUCUUUAGCCAGCUGAGUUAGACGAAUCAAGUGUGAAUCUAAAAUGGUCUUUUUUUUUUAAAGCAAAUGAUUUUAUUGAUACCAAUGCCUUUCGAUUCAGUCAGAACCUUUAUUGAUUCCCUCACCUACUUAUCAAUUAUUUAUGCAUAAAAUUAACAUACACAGGUUUUUGGCAGCAGCUUGACUGUUCUGAUCGGAGCCUAAAACCCAAAGUAAAGCAAACAAAAUGUUACGUUUUAGCACUCUGUCAACCAGAAUGUGAGGGGCUAGUUGCUAACGUAAUGUUAGCUAAUGUUGGCAAAAGCACCUGGAAACCAAAUACUGCACAGCUUUCUGACGUCAGCACGUUCCACUGUGACAAGUCACAUGUCAUAAAAUGAUCCUAAAACUAAUUCUAAGUUAAAAACACAUGAUGCCACCGGUGGCAUGCAAUUUCGACAACAUUGUGAUUUGAUCGUAGAACUUGGAAAUAGCUCUCAACUGGAUUCAGUCCCUCGAUUCUUAUCCCUAAUGAACCGUGUAGAACCACCCAAAUCCUGCUGAAAGAUUUGCUGCUCUUAUAUCUAUAGAUACCGAACCGUAGCUCACGUGAGCUCACCGGUAAAACAAAAGAGAAGGAGACGAAUCCCAGGCAUUCUGCUGAAGCCUCGUAGUAGCUGCUGGUCUGAUCCCACUGGCUGCUUUCUCCUUCAACAUACAUAAAACAAAUGAGUUCUGUAGUAGGAUAGUUGAUUUACAAAUCAUCUUAAACCUGAUUUGUGUCUGAGGAACAGACCGGUUCGCCGACUCAUCAUCCCGUGUCAUCGUUGUGUUCAAUGGUGCAUGUAGAAGACAACUGGCCCUCAGGUCCUCAUUGUUGUGUCCUCCUGGCCCUCAGGUCCUCAUUGUUGUUGUGUCCUCCCCAGGGCAUCGAGCGGCUGAAGGGAGAGACGGGGCGGUGGGGGAACCUGCCGUACUGGGAGGCCAUGCAGGCGGCGUUUGGCGGCCCACUCUCUCUAGCGUGGUGCAGCCCCUUUGCACAGCUGAGCUGC